AUGGCCUCCCGGAAACGUAAGCGAGAGCGGGAUGAGGGCUUGCUGCGUUUGGGCACGGACUUCUCUGGCCUGGACACUGUUUGUUAUGCUCUACAGGAACUUGGCAUCGGCUUCGAACAUGAGUUCUCGUGCGAGUCGCAGAAGCAUCGUCAGCAAUUUAUAGCUGCGAAUCACAAGCCCAAGAUGAUGUUCGAGGACAUAAACACGAGGGAUCAAUCAAAAGUUCCAUCCGUGGAUCUCUACGUAUUGGGGCCUGACUGCCAGCCAUACAGUAAAGCCGGACGGGGUCUUGGUAGCGCCGACCCUAGAGCAUCCAGCCUCCGCAGCGCCCUGGAGUACGUAGCUUGCAGGAAACCUCGAGUCGUGAUUUUAGAGAAUGUGCCGGAUUUGCAGCGGCACGCGGACAGCUUCGAGCUCAUCAUGUCAGUCCUGCACGAAUCUGGUUACCAGGCUUCCUUCAACAUUAUGAACACUCGUGACUGGGGUGUCCCUCAGUGCCGUCGCCGCUUGUAUGUGGUCGCCGUUUAUCGAGCUCAUUUCAAUGACAAAGAGCCCUUCAAAUUCCCCGACAUACCCAGGCAGGAGCAGCUCACACUCAGGACGUGGCGGCAUGGCAGCUUGUUUACUGGCCCGCCGGAUAAGGUGGAGCUGCCGACCGGAGACACCGCGAGCAAGAAUGUUUGCAAGCACCUGCAGUUCCAUUGUGAUCGUGGCUUGAAUCCAUUUGAAAUCCCAGUCUGCAUUGAUGCUCGCUCGAGCGAAGAGUUCUCGCACAGCACGCUGGACCACACGAUGACCCUGACUAAGUCUCGAUGUGGGGGUUUUGGUCACUGGCUGUCAACAAGGGGCGAUUUCCUUUCCUGCACUGAUUACUGCCUCCUGACCGGCAUGGACCCGGCAAAGCUGCGCUGGCGCAGUGCAGGCUUGACAGAUGUGCAGUUCGCCCAGAUGCUAGGCAAUGCCAUGUCACAGAAUGUGCUAGAGUUUCUCAUUCCACCUGCCUUGAGCGCGGCUGGCUUCAUAACAGACAAGCAAUGCCGUGCAAUGCAGCAAGGAUCCGUCAGGAAGUGGUUUGGCCACUGUCGCUAA